AUGGAUCCUGGAGCGCCUGAUGGCAGCGGCCGUGGUGGGGAGAGCAGCCCCCACCCCCAGCAGCCAUACAGGAACUUCGCCCAAGGGGCCUGUCACUGGAGGCCCAGCUGCCGCUUUGCUCAAGCCCGGAAGGCGCCCCAGAUCUGCAGAUACUUCCAGAGAGGCUUUUGUUUCUACGGAGAUCGAUGCAGCUAUCGGCACCCGCAGCAGCCCCGCAGCCAUCUGGAGUGGGGCCGCCGCCAUUCGGAGCCACAUGUCACCCUGCCAGGACCCUGGCUGGGGCUGACCCGCAGGGGCUCUGAGCCCACCUACCUGCCCUCUGUGGCUGUGGGUUGGGGCUGGACCAGGGCCUGCUGGGGCACAGAGCCUGGCCUGGACGGGUUGGCCAGCAAGGCCGAGGAGGUUGGUGCCAGUUCCUGGAAGUCCCUGUCGCCAUCAGCUGCUGACGGCGAUCGCAGCUUCUCCCAGGAGUCUCAGUCUAAGUCAGACCCUGUCCGGGAGGUCGUGGCCCCACUUCAGAGCCUGGACCUUGAGGGGCAGCAGAGGGAGCAGGACAGUCGGGACAUCAUGUGUGGCAUCUGCAUGGACAAAGUGUGGGACAAGCCAGAGGCUGAGCGGAUCUUUGGCAUCCUGCCCAACUGCACACACGCCCACUGCCUGGGCUGCCUCCGCACCUGGCGGAAGAGCCGACAGGACUUCCCGCUGGAUGUCGUCAAGGCCUGUCCCCAGUGCCGCAUCCAUUCGAGCUACAUCAUCCCCCACAAAUUCUGGGUGAACGAGGGGGCUGAGAAGGAACAACUCAUCAGGAACUUCAAGGCUCGGACCAGCCAGAUCCGAUGCCGGUUCUUCAUGCGGGGGAAUGGCCACUGCCCCUUCAAGUCUGACUGCAUCUACCUGCACCAGCUCCCGGAUGAGGCUCCGACCUCUGAUCCUCCCUGGCCUGAGAGUAUGCAGCUGCCCUCUGGGAGUGAGGUGCUGGGCCCAACAGCGUUCCUAGGGGGCACUGAGCCAGAGGAUGAAGUGUUCUUCGCCGACUGUGUCCUGGCCAUGGCCUUCUGGGGUUCAGAACUUCUACUGGAUCCCAACAGUUCUUACCAUGACCUCCUGUAACCAGGAUCAGUGUGGGGGGGAUGGGGCUGAGGGGCAGGGGUUGCUAGGUGGUAGGUCUUUUCUCUUUCAGGGCUUGGUGGGGGAUGAAAGAAGUGAGCCCCCUCCCCCAUGAACUGCAGCAGUGACACAGCUGGGGAACAUGGGGAGAUGUGGAGGCUCUUGAGAAAGAAGAAGCGUUCUCACCCUCUUGCAGGGACUUGGUUUUUAACUUUGCUCUUUUGUAGAAGGAUUCUGAAAGAAAACCAAUAAAAUGCA